CUUCACUGGUAUGUGGCUUAGUGUUAUUAUGCAUAGGUGCACAAGGUGUGCAUAAGUUACACCUUGGGACUUUGAGAUGUGUGUUUGUUUGUAGACAGCAAACAGGCUAACUCCACUGAUAGCCUGUCACUGCAGUAAGUUGCUGUUAAAUAUUAACCAGAGUUCUGAUAAACUAAAGAGGUUAAUAUGAUAUCCUAGAAAGUGAAAGUAUGAGAGGAUGCUUAGAUAAGGUCAGAGGCCGUUUGGAUCUUCAAGACAAAGAAAUGACAACGGAAAGCACAGACACCAGAAGGCAUGGAGAGAUGAACUUGUUCUUUGAGUACAGCAGAGAGCACAAGCACAUUGGUAGAUGCCUCAUAAUAAAUAAUGAGAAUUUCAAUGAUCAACCUCGGAGGUAUGGCACAGAGGUGGAUGGCAGGACACUGAGGAUGACAUUCCGAAUGCUGGGCUUCAGGGUGCGGAUGGAGAAAGACCUGCGUGCAGCUGACAUGAGACGCGUUCUUCAGGAAGAGUCUGUGGAGGACCACAGUGAGAUGUCCUGCUUCGUGUGUGUGUUGCUGAGUCAUGGAGACCAGGGGCUGCUGAUGGGGGUUGACGGAGUCCCCAUCUCCAUCCAGAGUCUAGCCUCCACCCUCACCUCCACCCACUGUCACAGCCUUCGGGGCAAGCCCAAACUCUUCUUCAUACAGGCUUGCAGGGGACAGCAGAUGGACUCUGGUGUGGAGACAGACUCUGUGGAACCCAAGGAGGAAGAGGAGUUCGCGGGGGUGUCCGAGGUCCCAGAGGAGGAUUUUCUGUGCUGCCACUCGACAAGCCCAGGCUACUUCUCCUGGAGAAAUGAGUUGUGUGGAUCUGUUUUCAUCAGCUCUCUGUGUGACAUGCUGACUCGAUACAGACGGCUGGAAAUAACCAAAAUCCUCACCAGGGUCAGCUACCAUGUGGCCACGAGCUUCCAUUCUCAAACUGGUCAAAAGGAGAGUCAUGGAAAAAAACAAAUGCCCUGCAUCAUAUCCAGACUCACCAGGGAAUUCUACCCGCAGAGAUGAGUCAUCAUUCCACUUCUCCACUGGACUGAUCUGAACUGAGCCGUUUUACGCAUAAACACACAAAAAUAAAACAUGAAACAAAUCGACACGUUAACAAGUUAUGUAUUGAUGUGUAGUGCUCUAUGUCACGUGGAUCAUGGAUCAAACAACCCAGAUGGAUUCAAUUAUUGUGAUGAUCAUUAAGAAGACAUUUCUUUUUUUGCACUCUAGAUGAUAAUCUCUUCUAAACAUGCGUGUCAAAACAAAAAGAUCUGAGGGAAAAGAUGGAGUAGUUUGCAGUAUGAAAAAUUGCACUUGUCAAAAGUGCAGAGGAAAAGUUUUUAAUAGAGGAGAGCAGACGUUUCAGCCAUUAGGUUAUUCUCAAUGCUGAGUGAGUCAACCACGAAC